AUGAUUACCAUUGUUGAUAAUGAUUAUUCAUCCAAGUCUACCAUUUCUACGAACACCAUUUUGAAGCCGUAUCCGAUGGAUGACAUUUUACAAGUUAACCAGUAUGUGGAAAAUACAUCGACCACACAGAAAUUGAUAAAUAACGAUGAUGUUGAGGAUGUGCCUUUGCUUGUUUCCGACAGCGAAGACGUAUCAGACGGAGAAGAUUGCAGCACUCAGUCUGUGAAUGGCCACGAAAGCGAUGUGAACGUGAAGGCUUCUAUCGCAGCCGAACAGGUCAAACGAGACAUGAAGUUGCUGGUCCAAGAACCGGAAGUAAACAGCGAAAAGCAGGAGUUGACAAAAGAGCAGUUCAGAAACGAAAGGAAUCAAUUGAUGACUAUCGUUGUGAAGUACAUCGCUACCAAGAUUACCAACUCAUUCCCACCCCAAUACCCACCAGUCCCAAACUCAUCCGAGGUCCCGUUGGACAGGUUUUUGCUUAUUUUAACCAAUCGAUUGCAAUUAUCGUUGCCUUUAUUCAUGAAAGGCAUAAUCUACUUGUUCCGAUACAUGGAUAUCAUUUACUUGUUGAGGUACUUGAACCAGUCCAACAAUUUUGCGAACUACAAUGAGAUGGACUUCUGUUUAAAAAAAUUGAUUGUCGGUUGCUUCAAGUUAGCCUUGUCAAGAGAAAAGAUUACGAAGAACUGGUCUGCCAUAAGUGGCAUGUCUAAUGGUGAGAUUAACACAAUUGUUAAGACUAUAGUUACCAGAAUGAAUGGGAAAUUGGUUGUGAAGAAUAUUGAUUUGCUCAAAUUAAAACUGGAAAUAUUCCGUUUCGUUAAAAUGGUCACAAACCCUAUUUAG